AUGGCCCCUCGGAAAAUCCAGGUCCGGUCAGAGAAUGACAAAGACCUACUCCUAGAAUACUCAUGGUGUCUUCUUGACACCCAAUCCACCGGGAAUCCAUGGCAAUCCGUGGAUAUCGUCUUCCGGCAUGUAUUCUCAGUAAAUACAGACGACCUUUCUCAUAGCCCCGAGGACGUAUAUAUCCUCGAGUCUGACCAGAACGCUGCCCCUCAGAGAUUUGGUCCUGAAGCGUUUGGCUCGCACAAUGCAUUCCAGUUCUUCCUGCAAUGUCUGCGCGCUGCAACUAUGUCCAGUCCACGUGUGGCGAAGCUUAUCGUGCCCUUGCAGAAAGGGUACAUUGUCCGCUCAGAUAUCAUUCCUCUGCGUCUUCGAGACUCUCAGUAUAUUGAGACGGCGGUGUCAUUUGCUGAGCCUUUCCAAAAUUACACGGGCUGCGCAAUCACACCUACUGACGUCAAUAAUCUACCUGCACUUUUCUCCGUGGCCGCGGCUGGUCUUCUUGUGCAUCAUGAAGUACAGUUAGAUUCAGACCCCCGUCUUGAGGCGGUUUCUCUAGCUGUUGAAUCAGAUCUUGAGAACAGACUCUCAUUUCCGUGGAUACUGCCUGAACCUAUUCACCAAAAAACACUAGUACUAGUUGAUGCGAACAGCAGCCACCCUGAAGAUGGGGUAGGCCUUUAUCAUGCAGCGCGAGUGCUCGGUAUCGACAUUGUCGUGCUGGACAAUGCAGGGCAUUGGCUCGAAGGGCCCGACUAUGCGCAAUGGCGUGAAGCGUUUAUCCCGACACGUCUCACUAACCCACCUGAGGAAGAUGUGGCUGACCGAAUCAUCGAGUCUGUGAAGGCAUACGGCAAGCCGGUGGAUGGCAUUAUUACAUUUGCGGACUCGUUCUGGCCUUAUAUCGCCCAAGCUGCGCCGCAGGUAGGCCUGCAGACGGCUUCACAGGAGGCAUUGAGAAUCGCCACGAACAAAUACCUCACCAGUGUAUACGCCGGCCACCAAGCUUACCGUGCGUCUACUUUAGACGAGGCUCUUGAUAUUAUGAAAAACGCGGAUAUCCCAUACCCGCUCAUAGUUAAACCGUGCGAUGGCUGGAGCUCUGAAGGUGUAUCCCGGGUUGAUAAUCUUGAUGCGCUCACGACCGCCGUCAACUCUAUCGAUACACCUCGCCAUGGAACUGAGUUUGUUAUUGAGAAAUACUGCGAUGGUCCUGAAGUUGACGUUAAUUUUGUUCUGCUGGAUGGCGAAGUCCUUUUCUUCGAGGUCUGCGAUGACCUCCCCAAGUCGGCAGAUAUCAAUGGACCCAGUGUAGGUUCGCUGCAUAACUUCCACGAAUUGAACAGCGUCUACCCUUCCGCACUGCCGUCCCAGGAAAUAGACCUCCUUCGAAACAGCUUCCUGGACACAUUACUCAAGCUCGGCCUCAAGGAUGGCGUAAUGCACCUAGAAGGCCGCGUUGAGUACUCAUCAGUCGAAUAUAAAAGGCAGAACGACAUCAUCGAUCUAUCUCCACGUGAAAUCAAAUCGACAACCUCGCAAUCAACGCCCUGGCUCAUCGAAAUCAAUCCUCGCCCUCUCGGGAUGACUGGCUCCCAGAUUAUUGAAUCUACCUAUGGAAUUGACUACUGGGGUCUAGCUUUGCUCAUCGCCGUCGGCGAAAAGGCCCGUGUCAGGGCUCUAUCUCAACCGUUCAAAUAUGGACCCCAGUAUACCUGCAUCAUGGUCUUCAUUCCGGCAGACUACCCCAUAUAUUACCAAGGGAUCUUUGACUCAGAGGACAUUUGCACAGACUUGAUGGCUCGCAGACCAGAUCUUGCUAAGCAGAUCAGUCGAUGUGCUUGUCUGGUCAAGCGGGGCCAGAAGGUUGCACAUCCGAGUUCAGGCCGUCAUACCUUUUUGGCAUAUUUUAAUGUGUUUUCUAGGAAGGGGAGGAAGGAGGCCUUAGAUUUGGCGAGGCAGGUUAGGGAGGAGGGCUAUGGAAAGGUACUUGAGCCCGAGCAUCCAAAGACUCUGGACAGCAAGGCCUAUCCCCAAUUAAUAUAG